GGUAUAUAUCUGCGAAAUGGUGACGUUGUAAGCCUCCAAGUGAAGCAAUCUUUGUCCCUUCCAAAUACGCAUACGUGCCCUUGGUGUGACAAAAGAAGGAAAAGUUACACUUAUCAAUGCCUCAACUUGUCAGCCUCAUCUCCGGCGCGGACUGGACCUCAUUCGGCCCCACGACGCCUGCGCAACGUUUCUACAAAGAUUAUGUGGACGCCGUCGAUAACCACGGUUUUACCCAUGGUUCCGGCCUGCGGUACUACGCGAAAGAUGCCAUUUUUCACAACCAGAACAAUGCCCAAUAUAAAGGUGGCGACGAAAUGUGGGCGUGGAUGAAAAAGCUCUUCGGCCAGUUCCAGCGUCUAAGACACGACCACGUUAGCAUCUGUGAGAUCCGUCAUGAAGAUGGGACUGCACAGAUCAUGUCCCAGAGCCAUCGGAACAUCUGGCUAUCCGGGAACAGUACCGACAAACCCAGCGUGAGCAUCCCGCUGUGUUUUGUGUGCCGUAUUGGUCCAGCCGAUGAUCCCCGUGCCAUUUCUGGCUUGCAAUACAAGGAGGUCUGGCUGUAUUGGGAUACGGCCUUGCUCUCGCCAUUCCUCCCAGAAGAUGCUAUCGUCUUCCGCACAAAAAAUAUCUUGACAGAUCCAGAAGAGCACUAG